AUGAAGAGUUUAAAAAUAGAAAGUGCAUUUCUGUAUGUUAAGCUUGCUUCAUUACUAAGAAAAACAAAGGCGUCCUUUAUAACAGGCGCAGGUAUAUCCACCUCAGCAGGCAUUCCUGAUUUUAGGUCUGAGAAUGGUUUGUUUAAAGAAAUUAAGAAGAAGUAUGGGUAUUCUGGCGAGGAUAUUUUUACUUAUUCUAUAGUGCACAGCAAUCCUGAGCUAAUGAAUAUAUAUCUAGAAUUAAUUUCACAGCUUAAGCAGUCUUUAGAGCAGAUUGAUCCCACGCCAACACAUAAAAUGCUUGAAUAUGUUCAGAGGAAGUACAAAUCAACAAUAUAUACGCAGAACAUUGAUGGGUUAGAGAGAAAAGCAGGAAUUAUUCAGAAUGUACACUAUUUACACGGGAGUUUAGACAAGUUACUAUGUACGUACUGCCAGCAUAAGACAGACUAUACUCUUGUGUAUGAUUUAGUUAAGAAAGAAGAGUGUUUUAUGUGUAUAGAAAGAAACACCAAGAGAAAAUCAGAGGGAAAGAGGAAGUGUCCUAUAGGCAUUCUUAUGCCAGAUAUUGUACUGUAUGGAGGACCGCACGAUACAUCAAAAACAGCCGCUUCUGUUAUUCAAGAAAAAAAUACGUCGCUACUUAUUGUUAUGGGCACUAGUUUAAAGGUUUACGGGGUGAAGAAUCUUUUAAAGACGCUUAGUAAGACUGUAAAGGGAAAUGAAGGAAUUAGAGUAUACGUAGGAAUUGAACCGCCAGCAAAACCCAUGCAGGUUUAUUUUGACUACUGGAUAGAAGGGAAGUGUGAUACAUUUUCAGAGUUAUUAAUGGAUGCAAUUAAUGGACCACUACUUCUUAAGCAGAUUCAAAAGGCAAGUGGCAUGAAUGGGAUUAUUGAUUCUUUAAAAAGACUUUCCAUUGAUCCAUUUAAUGAUCCCAAGAUAGCGCUUAGAGCCAUAAGCACGUCUAAAGAUGUAAAGAGUUAAUGAUUUAUCUGAUGAAUAGUCUUAUUAUGUAUAUUUUCUCAGUAAAACUCCCGUGUAUUUUGGCUUAUAGUAUAAAUGUGAUAAUUUGUAUUUCACUUUCGGGCUAUAAUAUAAUGAAUUCUGCU